AUGGCCACCCUCUUCUCCACCGCGUUCUCACACCACUUCAUCCCGCUCCCCUCCGCCACCAGGCCCGCCGCCACCUCCUCCUUCACCUGCGGCCCGCUGCACGCCGUGUCAGCGCUGCUGGCGCCACGGAGGCGACUCCUGCUGCCCGUGGCUGUGGCCGUGUCAUCCGAGUUCGAGACGGAGGACGCGGAGGGGGAGCCGAGCGAGGGCGAGGGCGGAGGCGACUCCAAGGCCGAGUACUCCGAGGACCUCAAGGCCUUUGUCGGCAACCUGCCCUUCACCAUAGACAGCGCGCAGCUCGCCGGGCUCUUCGAGCAGGCCGGCUCCGUCGAGAUGGUCGAGGUUGUAUACAAUAGAAUGACCGGACGGAGCCGUGGAUUUGGAUUCGUCAUAAUGGGUUCAGUGGAGGAAGUUGUUGUCGCCGUCGAGCAAUUCAAUGGCUAUUUCCUGCUGGGUAAUCAGAAUAAUGUUUGGGUUUUCCUCAAGGAUGUCGACACUAUUUACAGUAUGUUAAAUGCAGACAAUGCUGUUGAUUUAUGA